AUGCCCAAACGUUGGCUUCCGCUCGAAGCCAACCCAGAGGUGAUGAACGCAUUCGCCCGUCACCUCGGUCUGAGCGACGACUUCGCGUUUCACGACAUCUACGGCUUUGACGACGAACUGUUGGACUUUGUACCGCAGCCGUGCGUCGCCGUGUUGCUCCUGUUCCCCAUCACCCCCGCCACGGAAGCGAUCGAGGGCGAGCCGAAGCCCGAGACGAGCUCGAGCGGCGAGCCGUGGUUCGCGAGACAGACGGUGGGGAACGCGUGCGGGACGAUGGGGGUGCUGCACGCCGCGCUGAACGGCGCGGGCGCGACGAAGCCGGGGAGUUACUUUGAGCAGCUGCGAGCUCGCUGUGAGGGUUUGGACGCAGACGCGCGGGCGAAGAUCAUCGAAAGUGACGACGCUUUAGAAACCGCGCACGUGGGGGCGUCCGUGGAGGGUCAGUCGGAGGUGCCGCGCGAAGACGCCGAGGUGGAUUUGCACUUUGUCGCGCUCGUCGAGGCGAACGGAGGAAUAUGGGAGCUCGAUGGACGCAAACCGACCGGACCCGCGUACCACGGACCGAGCUCGGAUAAAGGUUUGUUGCGCGACUGCGUGCCCGUGAUCAAAAAGUUCAUGAACGCCGCGAACGGAUCGAUCCAUUUCAACGCCAUCGCGCUCGCGGCGAAUCUCGGCUAG